AUGACUGGACGUGGCAAGGGUGGAAAAGGACUUGGCAAAGGAGGAGCCAAGCGUCACCGAAAAGUGUUGCGUGACAACAUCCAGCGCAUCACUAAACCUGCAAUUCGUCGUUUGGCUCGUCGUGGUGGAGUUAAGAGAAUUUCCGGUCUCAUUUACGAAGAAACCAGAGGAGUGCUGAAGGUAUUUCUGGAAAACUUUAUUCGUGACGCCGUUACUUACACCGAACAUGCGAAGAGGAAGACUGUCACCGCCAUGGAUGUCGUUUACGCUCUGAAGCGGCAGGGACGUACUAUGUACGGAUUCGGAGGUUAA